AUGGGUUUCACCGACUUUGUCUCCGAGGCUGGCCUCACUCUGGCCAACAACUACUUUGCUAGCCGCAGCUACGUUGUUGGCGAUGCUCCCUCUCAGGCCGAUGUCGUGACCUUCAAGGCCUUCUCUGGCGCCCCUGACGCCGACAAGUACCCCAACGUUGCCCGUUGGUACAAGCACAUCGCCUCCUACGAGUCGGAGUUCUCCUCUCUCCCCGGUGACGCCUCCAAGGCCUACACCACCUACGGCCCCGAGUCCACCGAGCUCCCCACCAACCCCAAGGACAAGCCCGCUGAGGAUGACGACAUGGACCUCUUCGGCAGCGACGAGGAGGAGGAGGACCCCGAGGUCGUUGCGCAGCGUGAGGCUCGUCUGGCCGAGUACCGGAAGAAGAAGGAGGCCAAGCCCAAGGCCGUUGCCAAGUCCAUGGUGACUCUGGAGGUCAAGCCCUGGGAUGACGAGACCAACCUUGAGGAGCUGGAGGCCAACGUCCGUGCCAUCGAGAAGGACGGCCUCGUGUGGGGUGCUUCCAAGUUCGUUGCCAUUGGCUACGGUAUCAAGAAGCUCCAGAUCAACAUCGUCAUUGAGGACGAGAAGAUCUCUCUGGACGAGCUCCAGCAGGAGAUCGAGGAGGACGAGGACCACGUCCAGUCCACCGAUGUUGCUGCUAUGCAGAAGAUUUAA